CUUGUCUGAUCGAUGAUCUCACCUGUCACGAACCUCGCGUUGCCAUGGAAACCGAGGACGCCAAAACAAACGUCAACUUUGGUUCCCGCGUGACACACACGAGACCUUUACCGCGCCCGCUUACGCCUGCAGCAGUUUCACACCUGCUCGCGGCGAGAGAAAUGAAACGCGCGAACGUAACUUGUUAGAAAGACUUUUAGAAAUUCGACCUUAUUUACUGAAAGUUAAACAAUAAAUAACAGCUAUAUCCGGGUAGGCACAAAUCGCGUAGGGAAGCGCGUAAAAAAAUCCUCUCGGAGUAAAAUCCUCACGUUUUCCCUUCUCCGUAACCGCGACGAUGUCCUCCUCGCACGUCGAUUUCGUAACCGGAUUCGCGGGAGGCUCGCAGGACCACCAGACCGAGGGGGAUUUUAGCCUGUGCUACGCGUAUCCGGUGAUCGACGACGAUCGGGAGACGGGCGGGGUGCUCGCGAGGGUCGAGAGAGCCUCGCGAGCGUCGGACCGCAGAAGCGCGUCGUCGUCGUCGGCGGCCGAGGACGGGCUCUACGUUUCCCCGAGUCCGUUCACCGACAAGCUGGUCAAGCCCUAUCGGCUCGACGACGUCAGGCCGCUGGAGUACGAGUCGUCCCGGCCGCGCUUCCGCGGCAGGCUCGUCGAGGUCGCGGUGCGGGACGUGCGCGUUCACGCGCCGCGCGACGAACAGCGGUUGACGGGGACCGCGGACGACGUCCCCGAGAUCGUCUCGGUCGGCCUGCUGUUCGGGGGACGGCCAGUAUGCACGGCGAACGGGCCGUUCAAUCGGAAGCUGUACAGAUUGCUGUUGCGAAAUGAAUCGGGAUCCAGCCACGGCCUCUCGAUGCAGGUGCACGCGCGACACGCGGCGUCCGGCGUGCUGCCGUUACCGCUGCCACGGCGUAGCGUCCGGGAUCACAGGGUCGACGUGGACUUCGCGAUCGCCGGCAGCACGGGCGGGAUAUACGCCGGCACCGUCGUCUGCACCGUUUCCUCGUCGGCGUACGGCGGCAGCGACAGCGGGGAUCAUCCCCCGGAGGAGGGUGGCGCGUGCCUUUACAGACCGAGCAACGACCCGAACGAUCCGCAUAACAGCCUCACCCUGUCGCGAUCUCACCAACAACGUUCCGCCAGCAGGAGGGACGUCAAGUACUUCCUGCUGACGGAGCCGGCCCUGGUCCUCGACCCGGACGCGGCCGGUGUUGUCGCGCGCGAGGUACCGUCACCGCGCGGCGAGUCGAAGCCGCCGGACAUCGUCGUGGCCGAGCAGUCCGCGUUCUCCCUGCUGGACGUGUCCCUGAAGAAUCUGCUCCAGGCCAGCCGGCCGCUCAGGCCGUCGUCGAGCGGCCGUAAGCGCCAUCCCGUAGGUAGAACGAUCCUCUCCGUCACCAUCCUGCGAGGGGUGGAGAUACCGGUGAGGGAGGAGUCGGCGCUGGUGGCCCCGCUGCUGGAGGUGCAGUGGGGCAACAUCGUCCGCGCGACCGCGACGGCGGAGGGACCGGCGCCGGUCUGGCAGCAGACCGUGCACUUCGAGCUGCCAAGGCAGAACGGCGAGAACUGCGUGAAGUUCCGCCUGUACGACCAGCACCCGGUCUGGGGCCAGCAGUGGCUCGGCGAGGCGAGGGUGCCUUUGGAGAGCCAUCGGAAUUAUCAGGAGCUGGAGCGCUGGGUCGCCCUGUCGCCCCUUUACAGUCCCGUACUGUCGUUCGGCUACGUCCAAGCCAGCCCGGGCCGCUCGCACACCCGGAUCUACAUACUGAUGAGGCUGGAGCAGCCGGCGAAGUCCCUGGAGGCUAACGCCAUCGAUGCUUUGUUAAAGGGAAUCCAACGCUGCCUGGCGACGGCCUACCGCGUACCCGGGGUGGAGACUCCCGACGACGCUGCGCGGCUCGCCAUGCUCCUGCCGUCCCUGCCGAUGCAAUACGGCCCGGUCCCACCGCGCCAGGCCCUAAACGUCAACAAGGUGGACCACUACGGCAGAGCGGCCCUGCUGGCGACGCUGCUGCACGCUCUCGGUUUGCAGUCGUAUGUUUUGUUAGGCUCCUCGCAGACAAGCCGAUGGACCGCGUUUGUUUUAAGCGUCGACGGAAACGACGUCGUCCUCUGGGAUCCCGAGAUCGGGGACCAUUGUAAGCUGAGCGACAGUCGCUGUUCGCUAAUGAAAGUACACCGCUUGGUCAGUCACUCGGGCAUAUGGGAGAACAUGCAGAAGUCCGUUCUGCCUCACAAUUUGAAAUACAACGUGACGAUUAGCAAGGAUUGGCGGCCGCUCGCCGCCACGUCGGUCAGCGGCCGUUCCGCUCAGACGUUGGAGCCGACGGUGCUGCAGAUACCCGAGGAAGACGCGCGGGCGAAGGAAGACGCGCCGGAAGUGGAGCAAUACCUGCGCGACAAGUUGUCCGGCUGGCGUAGCGCUCUCGGCUUAACGACGAUAUUCAAUCGUCACGCGGUCAGCAUUCUGCGGGGCUUCGUCUCCGACAUUCCGAACGACGUGACGCGCCAGGUGGACAAGAGGGAUCUGAAGCAAUUGUACAGGGCUUAUCACACGCACGGUUUCCUCCUGAACCUGCGUCAGACCUCCCCCGACGAGCUGGCGGAGCAAGUAGCCGCGACGAAGGUCCACGAUAUCACGGGCCCCGUCGAAUUUGCUCUCGUUUGCCACGUGCAACGGUACGCUGGCAAGACGUGCUCGAUGUGGCUGGCUCUAGCAGUUUUACGGAGUCGCGGUUAAUCGCGACACGUUCAAUUGCUUUCCCUUCCCAUCGAUAUAAAUUUCUCACUUCGAAGCCAGAAAUUCAUAUCUGGUUCUUUUUUAAUUGCUUAAGAGCUAAGCAGAUAUUUAAAAUAUUAGAUUAUUUAAUCACAAUGCAAGUGAGAAAGACUGUCUCCCAAAGAAUAAAUAAAUA